AUGAUCUUCGUUGGACGCAAUACUCGAAACGACUAUGGUCAGAUGAAGCACUGGACAGACCGGCGAGAUGCUCGAUCGGCGAUCUACAGUGGGCGAGGAGUGCAUCCAGGACAUGGACUCCAAAUACUUCGCACACAGGAGAUCAUCUACACAUUUUUAAAGCGAUGCUGUCACCUCUUGAUCGGCGAUCUCUUGGCCGAUGAGAAAGGGCGACCGGAAGGAUAUCCCAUCAUCCCACCAGUAGCCUGUGCAGUUGACAAGUCUACUAACUAUGCCAACCAGGCGGAAGUCUCGCUGAUGACUCCGUACGGCAAUCCCCGACAGCUGGACUUCGACCGCCUACGUAGCUUGGUCAGCUCCAAGGUUAGUGAACUCGAAGAUCAUGCCUGGGCGCUUCGAGAAGACCCAGGCUACUUCACGGAAAUUUUCAAUGACUAUAAGGCACAUCGAUCCGAGUUUAUCCAAUCUACGGAGCGCAACGUGGCCGGCAUACUGGAACAGCCACCCCACGUGAUGACCGGCGCUAUCAUCCGCGAGGUCGUCCUUGGGGCCUACUUACCGCUCUUUUACUGGCAAAAGUGCCUGCGUCUUGUAACUUCGUUGCGCUCCACGGCUAUCGAAAGGAACUUUAACUUCCCUCAUGACCAAGACCUACCCGAAGAGUAUCAUAUCAACUUCCUCUUAUUAUGGACAAUGCUUCAUGUGCUACACACAGACAAGCACGAAACCUUCCGGCAGAGUCUCCUUGGAGCUCCGAGUAUGAAACCUUAUCUUGUCAAGACCUACACCGAUCUGGGCAGUGUCGCAUAUCAACCGUUUUCACCGCCUACCGUUGGCUUUGUCGCCGAGCUGGAUGAUCUAGAGAGGAUGGCGACCAGGGAACCGGUUGUCAAAGGUCUGAUGUCGUCUUUCGUGUGGUCAGAGUUUUCUCAGCUGUCUGUCUCCUCCGAGUGCAUCCAGCAGAUUCGAUCGUAUCAACCUUGGGCAACGAGGAUUCAGAAUGACGUGGAACAUCUUAGGCCACAGCUCAUGUCGUGGUUCCGACAUUUUGGACUCAAGUGGGAGCCUAUAGCACAUCUGAGACGUUUCGACGAUGUCGCUUUAGCGCUUAAGGGAGAUCCUUCGGACGGCAAGUUCUACUAUCCUUCCACUGAGAGACAGGGCCAUAAGACAACGGAUUUGAUGCGCCUGGCAGAGGCCAGUCUAGACUCCUUUUGGUCGGCUGCGGACUCCUUCUGUGAGAACUUGACUGGAAAAAGCUUUCCCAGGCUGUUGUUGCAGCACAGAGAUGCUGGACGCGCUGUUCACCGUACUGCACCAUGGAGCGAGCCUUUCCCACUGCACGAUGAAGAGAUACCUCCCGAACACAUUAUUAACCCGCUCAACGCUAGUGGCGAGCCCAACAGGCCCUUGCCCUCUAUCAAGGAGAAGAUCAAGACUCGUGGCAUCGGCAACUCAAUCAGUCUGACUGGUAGCCAUCAACGUCAGACUGACGAGGUCGUACACUCCUCAAAGCCAAAGAUCAAGCUCGACAAGCGCUCUUAUCUCGUUUUCAAGACCUUGUUCUUCUCUCCUUCCGCACGAGACGUACCAGGCGAAGUCUCCUGGAAGGACUUCGUUCACGCUUUGGUGCAGCGCGGCUUCCAAGCAGAGAAACUUCAUGGGUCUGCAUGGAGAUUUACACCAACCUUGGAUACAGAGCGUGCGAUCCAGUUUCAUGCUCCCCACGGCGCGCUCAGCAAACUUCCUUUGACAUGGGCGAGGCGAUAUGGCAGACGGCUGGAAAGAGAGUAUGGGUGGACGGGCAAGAUGUUCACUCUUGCCUAG